CCUCAAGGCACCAGGAGGCAGCACUCCCCUAACGCUUCAUCUGCGCGGCAGGAAGCGAGCAAAGCUCAGACAGGACUCUCCUCCAAUGACGUCACAUUCACGCUAAUAGUUUGCCUCCGCCGCUGUACGCUUUUGAAAGAAAGACAUGAAUGGCUCCUUGCGCUCCAAUACGGUGGACAUUGAACUGCGGCGAGGGCCGGCAGGUCUGGGUUUCAACAUCGUGGGAGGUGUGGACCAGCAGUACGUCGUCAACGACUGCGGCAUCUACGUGUCCAAAAUCAAAGAAGACGGAGCGGCGGCGCUGGACGGGAGACUUGAGGAGGGAGACAAGAUCCUGAUGAUCAAUGGAGUGAGGCUGGAGGACCAGACACACAAGGCUGCAGUGGAUCUCUUCAGGACAGCAGGGGACCAUGUGGAGCUCCACGUUCUCAAAAAGUCUUGCCACGGCACCAACGGACCGUGUGCGCCCCCAGCUGAGCCCGCGUCCUGGCUGUCCUACAUGGGCCUGGCGGCUGUUCUAACGGGGGCGGGGGCCGUGCUGUCCUUGCUUUACCUUCGUCACGUAAGAAGAGCCUUUUAGCAUCCUGGUUCAGGAUGAGAGACCAAGGACCUCCUCCCGGCCAGGGGAGGACAGCAGGUGACGUCAUGGAGGCAAAGCGGCUGACGCCCUCCCAGGUCGUGCACAGCUUUUUCAUGCCGGGGCGGGGGCGGAAGGAUGGACACGGCUGUGACGCAUCCAAAGAAAAACCAAGCCACCUCUCACAUAGCAAUCUCCAUGGCAACCUGGACAUCAAACACACUACAGCCACCUUUUCCUUAGCGUCCCUUUCACCCCUAAAGCAUGCCAGGACCGCCAUUCCGAUCGGUCCCUUUUGGAAAGUGUCAGGUAUUCAUUUGUGUCGGAGGUAAGGGAAAAACUCCAGGGAAUGAUGACGGAGAGCUUCCAGCCAUCCUUUUUCUUACUCUCGGUCGCCAUCCCACCAGCAUCCGUACAAGAUGGCCGACCCGGCACCGGUGUCAGCUCUCCAUGCCAAGGAGAAUCCUCCGAGUCUUAGCGCUUCCUUCCAAAGGUUGAUGCUUUUGUCAUGUUGCUGUCUGCUGAGCGGAAUCCCCAACAAUAAAAGACUCUUCUUUCCUCCAG